AUGCCUAGGAAUCCUUCGCGGCCGAUGGAUUCUCCGGCGACGUUGUGGACAGAUGAAUUGGGUGUGCUGGUCAUGGACUUUCGUCCAAGUUUCUCUGGUCAAUUGAAAGAGAUUAUUGAGACAACCACACUGCUUGGAGGACCUCCACAACAUCGCCUAGGGGCCUGCCUCUGUAGUUGGUGUGUCUCCUCUUCUUUCCUUUGUACUUAUACUCAUUUAUGGUCUGCCUCCUAA